GCUAAGGUGAUUAGAAGUUACAAACUGCUAUCCUUACAGUCAAACUCAAGAGACCCAUUUGAUUGGAGCCUCAAGGACCUCUCAAGAUUUCUUCAGCCGUAAACACGCAAGCAGUUCAAACAAACAGACACAAACCAUAUCAACUACGGAUUAUGCCCAUAUAGGCUCAAGACGUGCAGUUUAAGUAAGAAUAUAUCUGAAACAAUGGCGGACCCCUACCACAACAACGUUUACCACCAGGGAGAUGGAGACAGCUAUGGGACAUAUGGACAGGGAGGACCGGAUGGCUACGGUUAUCAGACUGACUACCCUCCCCAAGAGGAAGACGCCGCCAGUGACGCCACCGAGGGACACGAUGAAGAUGAUCAAAUGUAUGAAGGGGAGUACCAGGGCAUCCCGCAUCCAGAUGAGGCCAAGACUGCCAGGAGGGCGGCGAGAGCGAAAGCGAGGACCACGGCGGAUGCCGUGUCAGAUCAGGAGGAGCUGGCUGAACAAUACGAGGACAUCAUGGAGGACUGUGGACACGGGAGAUUCCAGUGGACCCUGUUCGUGGUGUUGGGUCUGGCGCUAAUGGCGGACAGCGUGGAGUGCUUUGUAGUGGCCUUAGUGUUACCCAGUGCGGAGAAAGACAUGUGUUUGUCCCACUCUGAGAAGGGAAUGCUGGGUUUGAUAGUAUUUCUGGGAAUGAUGUUUGGAGCAUUUUUUUGGGGUGGCCUGGCUGAUAAAGUGGGCCGACGGAAAUGUCUGGUCAUCGUCCUGGCCAUGAACUGCAUCUCUGCCUUCUUCUCCUCAUUCGCUCAGGGAUAUGGCUUCUUCCUGUUCUUCAGGCUGUUCUCUGGAUUUGGGAUCGGGGGCUCCGUCCCAAUCGUGUACUCAUACUUCUCUGAGUUCCUGCAGAUGGAUAAGAGAGGAGAACAUCUCAGCUGGCUCUGCAUGUUCUGGAUGAUGGGGGGCAUCUACGCCUCCUUCACAGCCUGGGGCAUCAUCCCUCGAUAUGGCUGGGGUUUCAGUAUGGGCUCUGAGUUCCAGUUCCACAGCUGGAGGGUGUUUGUGUUGGUCUGUGCUCUCCCAGCAAUAGCAGCUUUUGUUGGGCUUAUGUUCAUGCCUGAGAGCCCACGCUUCCUGCUGGAGAAUGCUAAACAUGAUGAGGCCUGGAUGAUCCUGAAACAGGUUCAUGACACCAACUGGAGAGCCAAAGGAGAACCUGAGAGAGUGUUUACUGUAACUCAUAUCAAGACUCCAAAGACACAGGAGGAUGAGUUUAUUGAGAUUCAGUCUGCAACGGGAACUGCUUUCCAGAGAUGGGGUGUUCGAACUUUGACACUGACCAAGCUGGUCAUCAAAAAUAUUGUGUCCCUCUUGGGUCGUGAUCUAAGACUUGCUACUCUGCUAAUGGCCAUCAUAUGGUUCACUAUGGCAUUUAGUUAUUACGGGCUUUCAGUGUGGUUUCCUGACAUGAUCAAACACCUCCAGCACGAGGAGUAUGAAUCCAAGCUGAAAGUAUUUCAUCGGGAGAAGGUGGAGCAAUUUCAUUUCAACUUUUCUUUGGAAAACCAAGUCCACAGAGAAGGAGAAUACAUCAACGACAAAUUCAUCAACAUAGAGAUGAAGUCUGUGAAGUUUGAAGACUCCUUGUUCGUGGACUGCCUCUUUGAGAACAUCCGAUCCACAGAAACGCUCUUUGAGAACUGCACCAUCCGCAGUACCGUAUUUAACGACACAGACUUAUAUGAAGAAAAGUUCAUUGACUGUACAUUCGAGAACGUAACUUUCGUGCACAACAAGAAGGGAUGCCAUUUAGACUAUGAGGAUGAGAACGACGUCCUCAUCUACUUGGUCAGCUUCUUAGGCAGCUUAGCCGUGUUGCCUGGAAAUAUCAUCUCAGCACUCUUCAUGGACAAAAUUGGACGAAUCAAGAUUAUAGGUGGUUCGAUGCUUAUUUCUGCUGGAUGUACCUUUUUCCUUUUCUUGAGCUUUAGUCAGGCAGCCAUUAUAGCCUGGCAGUGUCUGUUUUGUGGUGUUAGCGUAGCAGCAUGGAACGGCAUUCAAGUCAUCACCGUGGAACUCUACCCAGCUUCAAAAAGAGCCACAGCGUUUGGAGCCUUAAAUGCCAUUUGUAAGUUGGCGGCUAUAUUGGGAAGCUCAAUCUUCGCCUCAUUCGUUGGCAUUACCAAAGUCAUCCCCAUUCUUCUGUCCUUCGGUGCUCUGGUCGGUGGUGGAGUGUUGGCCCUGAAACUGCCUGAGACCAGGGAGAAGAUCUUGCUGUGAAAAUCUGAAGCCGAACGUUUGGUCCAGGCCAUUCUAUAUGACUAUUAGUGUGGAGAUAACAACUGCUGGCAUGUGUAAAAUUGGGUUUAUUCAAAAACAAACAAGCAAAAUACUAAUAAUAUGUGAUAUAGUGUCAACAAACUCCAUUAUUCAAAAAACUACAAGGACCAAAUGAUGGUUUUACCCCUAGUCAACUAUUGAUUGAUAUGCCUGAUAUUUCAUAGACAGUAUGUUAAAGGCCUGUUGGGUCAUUUGCAGCCCCCCAAAAAAUCUGCACUAGCUAUAUAGUUUCAGAAAAGUCUACAGGGAGUAUUAUAGAGAAAAAACUCUCUAAUGAAAAAUAAAAUUGUCCCAGAUUUGCUUGAAUGGAGUAAUGUGAGUCGUGGAAGUCUCAAUCCUGUGCCAUUUCUUGGUAAAAAAAUUCAGGUACUGUUGAAGAAUUUUCUUUUUAUCUUAUUCCAUAGCUUGUAAUUUGCUAGCGUCUCAUCCUCUGCCUUUGCUUAUGAUAUAAUCUCCACCUGAAAAAAGGUGUAAUUUUGUCCUGUGAGUUUGCAAGUGUCCCACUGUAUGUCAAGAGACUGAUCUCAAUGUGUCGCUGUACGUUCGGAUGCUCGGUGCAGAAUGUGCGCUUGUGUUUGUUAGGUCACUGCGGAAACCAUUACGUGUGCUUCCUCCAUUUUCUAUUUUUGCUUUAUUAACUGUAAAUCGACCAGGCUGGCAGAGUACCUUACAAAGCUAGCCUCAUUUUUACCUUGCCUUUCACUAAAUGUGUUGUUUCUUAGUGCUCUCUCACUCUCUUUCUCUCCCGCCCUUUUAUUUUAUUAUUUUGCAUCCUGUGAAUCCUGAAGAAGUGGAACGGUUUGGUCACUUUGGACUUAAGCUUCACAGAGCCACAUAUCUGUACUUGUUGUUGACUGAGUUGCAUGUGUGUAACUUACAAAGUAAUGUUUGUGUCAAUGUGCUGUCUGGAUGAUCUAAUGUAUGUCUCACUGCAAAUAAAACCGGUUAGAUCAUACUA